AUGUCGUCAUCAGUAGCCGCUAACCUUUCGCCAUAGACGUUCUAACGUGAGUUGUGCUUACAAUCUAAAAUUUAGCCGAAAAAAUGACGGAAGAACAGCAACAGUAUGUAGACGGUGGUUACACUGAACAACCUCAACAGCAGCAACAGCAGCAGCAAAACCAACAGCAACAGCAGAACCAGCAAAAUCAACAGCAACAACAAAACCAACAAAAUCAACAGCAGUACGAGGAAUUUAACGAAGGAAAUUAUAACCAAGAACAGUUUCAACAAGAUGGAGAAAUGACAGAAGGAAUGGAAGGAGUGGAUUCUAACCAACAUGGCGGAAACGAAAUGCAAACCUCGGAAACUACAAAUGGUCAAACAACUAAAAGUAGUGAUGAUGAAAGAAAACUGUUUGUUGGAGGAAUCAGCUGGGAUACCGAAUCGAAGGAUCUUAAGGAAUAUUUUGGUAAAUUUGGUGAAGUAACUGAUGUUAAUAUUAAAACUGAUCCUAAUACUGGAAAAUGUAGAGGAUUUGGAUUUAUAACCUUCAGUACACAAGAUGCUGUUGAAGCUGUACUUAAAGAUGGACCACAUACUGUCAAAGGCAAACAAGUUGAUCCUAAAAGAGCCAAGGCAAGGCCUGGUAUUAAAAAAAUAUUUGUAGGAGGAUUAGAAGCUGACAUUCCAGAAGCAGAUAUCAGGUCUUAUUUUGAAAAAUUUGGGAAGAUUGAAACAAUUGAAUUGCCAUUUGACAAAGUGAAAAAUCAGAGACGUCAGUUCUGUUUUAUAACAUUCGAAUCAGAAGAUGCUGUUGAAGAAGUAUGCAAGCAGGCAAAGCAGAAGAUUGGAAAUAAGGAAUGUGACAUCAAAAAGGCCACGCCAAAGCCUGAUCCGAGAUCUAUGAGGGGUGGGUUUGAAUUUUAUGUAAACAGCUCGUCACGUAAAGACGGAAGUGACAGAUACAGUGGCUAUGGACAGAGCCAAGGAGGAUGGGGAACACAAGGAUACAGUGGUUACAACCAAGGUUAUGGAGGGUACAACCAAGGCUACGGUUAUGGUAACUACAGUGGCUACGACUACAGCGGUUAUGGAGCCGGAUACGGUGCCGGCUACGGAUACGACUACAGCGGCUGGAACUAUGGCCAAAGUGGGUACGGAAGCGGCGGCUACAGUCAACAACAGAGCAAUUACGGGAAAACCAGAAGAGGAGGCACCGCUGCCAGUGCAGCAGCCGGAUAUCAUCCAUAUAAUCGUUAAGUCAUUGUGGUUCUCGCAGUGCGUGUGUGUAAAUGUGAAAGUCCACAUUUAUCAUAAACAUUUCUGUAUCAUCAUCUCAAAUUCAAUUUCAUGUAUAUAGUAUUUGAAAUGUCAAAAAACUUUUUAUUUCUAUGUUGUGACUUUCUUUUAUUCAUGUUUUUCUGAAGAGAAGUCUGGAACAAUGUUUAUAUAACAGAUAACAUUCUACAUAACCAGAUAAAUGAGGAGAUAAAAAAAAUUGUGACGAAACACCAUUGUAACGUAUACUCUACACUAUUCAGCUUAAAAAAAUAUAUUGUGAGAUUGGUUUUGUGGUCCGUGGCAUCAUGGUUUGUACUGUCGAUUGUUUGGAUGGUUUUUGAAUAACCUCCAAAUCAUUUAAAAAUCAUUACUACUGAUAAAUGUUACUUUCACUGCAUAUUUUAAAUUGAUGUAGGGUUUAUUAACUUGUCCAAAAUUAAAAAUGUUGAUCUAGGUUU